GGGACCCGGGAGCACGCAGAGCUGCGCGAGGGCGGGGCAUCGGUAGAACCACGAGGGACGUGCAGGGCCUCGGGAGCGCGCACGCGAGCACGUCAGGGCACGCGGGCCGCUCACGAGCACGCCGGGGAAGGUCCCGGCGAACUUUACUCUGAGUGGGGAAGCGGGGCGCGGGCGCUGGUCAGCCCGGCUCCUGCCCGGAAGAUGGCGGCGCUGGGGCGCGGGGGCGCCCGCCUGCUGCAGCUCACGCUGGCUCUGAUCAAGCCGGACGCCGUGGCCCAUCCCCUGAUCCUGGAGGCCGAAGCCCCGGGGCCAGCGUCCGCUGCUCCUGGACCCGCUGCUCCUGGACCCGGUCAGCGCCGAGCUCCCCGGGGGCCCUGGCUCCUCCCAGGAGGCUCCGGGGAGGGGUUCCCCCGACCGGCCUUUCAGCCCCCCGGGUUCUUUCCAGGCCAUUCACGAGCAGAUCCUGAGCAGCCAGCUCCUCAUCGUGCGGGUGCGCGACCUGGCCUGGAGGCGGGAGCAGUGCCAGAGGUUUUACCAGGAGCACGCAGUGGCCCCAUGCGGGCCUACAUCCUGGCGCACGAGGACGCCGUCCAGCUCUGGAGGACCCUGAUGGGACCGACCAAGGUGUUCCGGGCCCGCUACGUGGCCCCGGACUCCAUCCGCGGGCGCUUCGGCCUCACCGACACGCGCAACACCACGCACGGCUCAGACUCGGCGGCCUCCGCCCGCAGGGAGAUCGCCGCCUUCUUCCCCGACUUCGACGAGCGCCGCUGGUACCAGGAGGAGGAGCCCGGCCUGCGCUGCGGCCCCGUGUACUAUGACCCCGAGGGAGGCGUUCACUGCCCCCGGCCCGCGGCCCCCGCCAGCGACCUGGCCUGAGACUCCCGGGAACGGGCCCGGGGCCCUGCCUCACAGGCGUGUGGGGAGGCUUCGGUGAGAAGCAGCCCCGGGCAGCGGGAACCUCCGCCCUGGCUCUGACUCCGCGCCCCUCCUCUCCCUCCUCCUGCAGACCGGCCGCGAGCUCCGGGGCAGUGGCGCCUCCGAUCCCAGCCUCCCCUUCCCCGUCCUCUCCGCGCGGGCUUUGGCCAGAAAGUCCUUCUCGGGCCCUGCCCUCGCCCGGGGCCCUGCCCUCGCCCGGGGCCCUGCCCUCGCCCGGGGCCCUGCCCUCGCCCGGGGCCCUGCCCUCGCCCGGGGCAGCAUUUAGAGCGCCUGCCUCCCCCCAUUGGCCGCCCAGACUGCCUGGAAGGCGCCGCCCUCCCACAGCCCGGCUGCCUUUGGUCCCUCAGGCUCAUCCUGUCUUUCCUAACGCGGGCCCCUUCCUGCAGCUCAGAGCCUGGGAAACCCCUGAGCCUCCUCAGGUCACUUCUCCGGCGGCGGCGUGGGAAAUGGGUGUCUCAGGUCCGGCUAGAUCUGGCCUUGGGAUUCCCACUCUGGACGUGGUCAGGUAGACCCGAGUGCAAAUCCUGCUUCGGAUGCGCUAGCUGUGGAGACCACCUCCGUAUCCUUGCAUGGGAAGCCUUCUCUGAGGCCUCUCGAGAACUUGGGUGAGAUUCUGCAGCGUCCCCUGCAAAAGCGCUGAUCCGACACAGUGCCUUCUGGGAGUCGUGCUGGCCCUCGGGGUCCCCCACAACGAUAUUGGCUCCCUGUCAUCGGCAGAUAGAGGUUUCUUUGACAUUGAGUCCUGGCCCGUCCCUGUUCCUUGUACUUUUCUCAUCAAGCGUCACUUCGUCCUUCCUGGCCAUUUUCUUUCUCUCCCCCAUUAAUUGUGGGGAUCCCCGGUGUCUGAGCCUUCUCUCCCCCCCUCCUUCCCCCAGAAGAGCUUUUUGCUGAGCUCCCCCACAGGAUGCUGCACUCCACAGGUGCCUGUCUGUUCUUCCAUCUUGUACAGAUGAUUGGUCAGCUCUUGAUUUCUGCCUUAGCUGCCCCCUCGUUUGGGGUCGCCUCUCCUUGUUGCCAGCUACCUCUGCCUCUCAGCUGCACCUCCACGGAGGACUUGGGACUGGGAGCCAGGCUAUCACCCCAGUGCCGCCCGCCUUUUCUCCCCAAAACCAAUUUGAUCGUGUGUGCCCUUGGUUGGGUUCUCCUGUCACACUCAUCCCUGAGGGACAAAGUUUCCCCCAGGAAGCUGGGCGUUGUGUAGACUCAGUCUGCCAAAAAUUCACGUUCCAACAUCAGUCUUCACACAACAGUCCUGGCUGAAACCUUGCUUGUGCCUCUUAGCUGCUAGCGGGUCUCCGCCUUCAGUUUUCUUACCUGUAAACUGGCCUUCCAGGUGUGGCCUGGAGCUUAGUACAAAGUGCUUUGUGAACCUCCUGGGGUCAGGGAAGCGGGGCACUUGGCCUUCAGACAUCCCCCAGAAGAAGCAACGUAGCCACUCCCUGAGAACUGGACAUUGUUUAUGUGGUUUAAGCCUGUUCUUCCAUUUCCCCAAUAAAUACAUGGUCGAGGGAUUUGAACAGGCAGUAUUCAGUUAAAGAAAUCAAAGCUAUCUAUAGGCAUAUGGAAAAGUGCUUGAAAUUACUUUUGAUGAGAGAAAUGCAAAUUUAAAACAACUCUGAGAUACCCCCUGGUACCUCUCAGAAUAACCAACACAAUAAAAAAGGAUUGUGAUAAAUGUUGAAGAGGAUGUGGGAAAAUGGGGACUAAUACAUUGGUGGUAGAGUUGUGAACUGAUGGAGCCAUUCUGGAGUACAGUUUGGAACUAUGUCCAGAAGACGACCAAACUACCUUUUAACUCAGCAAUACCACUGCCAGGUCUGUAAUUCAAAGAAAUCAUAAAAAGGGGGAAAGGACUUAUUUGUGCAAGCAAGUGGUAGCAAAAUGCUGGAAACUGAGAGGGUGUCUGUCAGUUAGAAAUGGCUGAAUAACUUGUAUAUGAAUGUAACGGAGUACAAUUGUGCUGUAAGAAAUUAGGAGCAGGCAAAUUGCUGAAGAAGCUGGAAAGUUGGGUACAAAUUGAUGGAAAGUGAAAUGAGCAGAACUAGGAAAGCAGUGUAUACACUACCAGCGACAUGGUGUGAUACAUCUGUUAUGAAUGACUCGGAUUUUCUCAGCAACACAAUGGCCCAAGACGAGUACAAAGCACUCCUGAAGGAAAAUGUUAUUCAUAUCCAGAGAUGAUAGAUGAGAUCUGAGUGCAGAUUGAAGCAUAUUUUUUCAUUUUAUUAAUGUUUUUUUUCCCCUUCUGAUUUGUUUAUUUCACAACUGAUUAAUAUAGAAAUGCC